ACUGCAGUCAUACAUCUGUGUAUGGAUGUGUAAAAUUCUAAAGUUCAGCUACAAAAUCUAUGUAAACGAAUUUAAAAUCAUUUUAGUAGUUUAAUGGUUUUUAUUGUUCGUUAUGCUAUCGUUUCAAUGAUGUUCAAAUAAUAUAAUUAAAAGAGGUUGAACUUCUAAAAUAUUCAUUCGAACGCAUUUAAUUAUUAUUAUAACAAUAUUUAUUAUAUUUUAUAAUGGCAUCAAAUGAUGGAAUUCCACCACCUGCUGCGGUACCUGGAUUUCCACCAGCAGCACCUAAUAUGACGCCUGGUUUCGUACCACCAAUUAUGCCUACAGCAUCAUUUAUUGCAUCUCCUAGUUUACCACCUGGUCCACCGGGUAUAAUGCCACCGCAGUUUUCUAUUCCACCACCUGGUUUUAGUUUUCCAAUAACCACUGCUCCUGCGCCAGAAGCCGGAGUAAUAGCAGCACCACCACAAAUAACAGCGCCAGGACUUCCUCCUCCAACUCCUUUAGCUAGUGAUACCCCAUCGGGUAUACCUGUGUCUUCAGAGAAGAAAUCAGAUUGGACCGAACAUAAAGCUCCAGAUGGUCGUACUUAUUAUUACAAUAGUAUUACUAAACAAUCUUUAUGGGAAAAACCAGAUGAAUUGAAAACACCGAGUGAAUUAAUGUUAUCGCAGUGUCCAUGGAAAGAGUAUAAAUCAGAAAAUGGAAAAAUAUAUUAUCACAACGUAACUACUAAAGAAUCCAGAUGGACUGUUCCUCCAGAAUUAGAAGAAUUAAAAAAUAGAAUUGCUGCUGAAGAGGCUGCAGCUGUUGCAGCUGCGGUAGUUGCUAGUGCUACAAAUACAAUAGUUCCAGUAGCUAUACAACAUUUGUCUCCAAAUAUUAGUACCUUAUCGCAAACAAGCACUCCUGAGCCUGGAGGAAAAUCUGCAAUUGAACAAGCUAUGGCUGCAACACUCGCAGCAAUAAAUAUUCCAACACCACCUACAAAACCAGAUGAAGAUAGUAAUUCUGCGAAAGGAUCAGCAAAUGAUAGCCGGACUAGUACUCCUGAACCCAAAAUGAUGUUCAAAGAUAAAAAAGAAGCAAUAGAAGCAUUUAAAGAAUUAUUGAAGGAAAGAGAUGUGCCAUCUAAUGCUACAUGGGAGCAAGCAGUAAAACUUAUUCAAAAUGAUCCAAGAUAUCCACAAAUGAAAAAAUUAAAUGAACGUAAGCAAGCAUUUAAUGCAUAUAAAACGCAGAAGCUCAAAGAGGAACGAGAACAAGAAAGAUUAAGAUUAAAAAGGGCUAAAGAAGAUUUAGAACAGUUUUUACUGGAAAAUGAAAGAAUGACAAGUACUACAAAGUAUUAUAAAUGUGAAGAAAUGUUUGGCAAUUUAGAAUUGUGGAGAGCGGUGGGAGAUCCGGAUAGAAGAGACAUUUACGAAGACGUUAUAUUUAAUUUGGCGAAACGUGAAAAGGAAGAAGCGAAACAAUUAAAAAAAAGAAAUACCAAAAGGCUUUCCCAUGUUUUAGACUCAAUGACAGAUGUGACGUAUAGAACUACAUGGCAAGAAGCACAAGCAUUGCUCUUGCAACAUUCAGCCUUUGCGGAAGAUGCAGAUUUACUUGAAAUGGAUAAAGAAGAUGCUUUACUGGUAUUUGAAAAUCAUAUUCGACAUUUAGAGAAGGACGAAGAAGAGGAAAAAGAGCGAGAGAAAAAGCGAAGAAAAAGACUAGAAAGAAAAAAUCGUGAUGGUUUUAUUAGUUUAUUGGACGAACUUCAUGAACAAGGAAAAUUAACAUCCAUGUCUCUUUGGGUAGAACUUUAUCCAAUGUUAUCCGCAGAUUUACGUUUUUCAGUUAUGCUGGGACAGCCGGGAUCAACUCCUCUAGAUUUAUUUAAAUUUUAUGUCGAAGAUUUGAAGUCUAGAUUUCAUGACGAAAAGAAAAUUAUUCGUGAAAUUCUUAAAGAUAAAAAUUUCGAAGUCCAAGUCAGUACAACUUUCGAAGAAUUUGCAACGGUUGUUUGCGAAGAUCGAAAGUCUGCUACGCUGGACGCGGGAAACGUGAAAUUAACGUACAAUUUACUUCUCGAAAAAGCCGAGGCACGGGAGAAGGAGCGAGUUAAAGAGGAAACGCGUAAAUUUAAGAAAUUGGAGACGAGUUUUAAAAAUUUAUUGAAAACUAUUAGCGUAGAUUAUCAGAUGACGUGGGAAGAUGUGAGAAAUAAAUUGGAAGAGGAGCCUGACUUUAAAGCAAUAACGUUGGAAAGUGAGAGAAUACGUAUUUUUAAGGAUUAUCAACACGAGCUUGAAGAAAGCUGUAGUCAUCAUCAUAUAAGAAGUAAAAAGAAAAAAACAAAAAAAAAGAACCGAAAAUCUCGAUCUCGAUCGCAUAGUGAAUCUGAGUGCAGUGAUAAAGGAUUUAAAAAGAAACAACGCAAAUCGCGUUCUGCAAGUAUAGCCAGUAAAUCGGAAAGUUCCGAAUCCGACACGAGAAAGACGAAAAAAAAGAAGAAUAAAAAGAAGAGAGGCCGAAGUCAUUCCCGUUCUCACUCAAGAUUACCGUCUUCCGAAGAAUCUCCGGAGAGAAGGCGAAAAGAAGAAAAACAUAGGAGACCAUCUGUUCAUAGCGAAGAAUCAAUUAACGAAAAUACAGAACAUCAUGAACUUUCCGAAGACGAAUUAGAAAAACAAAGAGCGCAACUUCUUCGAGAAUUGCAAAUGCAACAAGAAGACAAUUGAUUCAUAUGACGGAUAAAUGAAAUAAAGGUUCUGUUUACAAUUA